AUGAAGAGACGGAGAUCUCGUAUAAAAAAUCAGUCACGAUCAUCGACUAUUUCACCUAAAAUAAAUCGAGAUUUGUCGCCACUAAAAAGCAAAAGUUUUCAGUUGGUUAAGCAACAACAUGUUCAUAAAAAUGUUCCGCAAAUAAAUAAAUAUGAAGCGCUGGAAGAAAGAUCUUUGAAUUACAGAGAGUUUUUGGAAUCUUUAGAGUCAUUUUUUGAUAUCAAAAAACCAUUGAGGUCAUUGGAGAGUUUAUUUAGAACGUAUUUAGACUCGGAGGAAUCAUCUUCGGAGACUACGGAAAGCGAAAAGAGCUCCGAGUUUCAUGAAAUAAAUGCGUACCCACAUUUCAGGCCAAUAAAUUGUCAAAAUGUCAUACAGAGUUAUCAAGUGACUGGAGAAUAUAAUUUUAAUCAAUUUGAUGAUUUAUCAGUAAACUCUACUGAAGAAAGAAUGGCUGAAGAUGAUAGCGAUGGGCAAGAAGAAAAUGUUGGUAUUGAACAUGAAACUUUUGUAUCUUCAGUGACUUCACAUGACAUUAUGGACGAAGAAGGGCAGCGGAGUGAAAAUCUUACAGAAGAAAGACCAGAAGAGAGGGAACCGGAAGAUAAAGAAUUAAAUGUCACAGAAGAAAUACAAAAAGACGAUGAUUUUAAAGGAGAUAAAAAUGAAGAAUUGAAUGACGGUGGGGUAAAUAAAGAAGAAAUGUAUAAUAUUGAUAAUGAAAAUAUUGAAGAGAAGAAGGAAGAAAUGGUGCAGAAAAAUUCACAGCUUAGUAAAAAAUCAUUUUCUUCAUCAGAAGAUAGAAAAAAUGAAAGUACUGAAGAGAAGAAAAGUGAAGUUAUAAAAAAAGAUUCACAGUCUAGUAGAAAAUCUCUUUCUUCUUUUGGAGUAAGCAAAAAAGAGUCUAAUAAAUCUAAAGAAGAAACUGUUAAGUCAAUCAAAGAAGAAUUUAAAUCAGAUAAAGAAGACAUCAAGUCUGUUAGAGAAGAUAUGAAGUCAGUUAAAGAAGAAAUGAAGUCAAUUAAAGAAGAAAAUAUAUCCUAUGAUCUUCCCGGAGAUGAUACACAGAUAGAUGACUUGAUGGCGAUGAUGGACACUGCGAUGGUUGAUAAAAUGACCGAAGCUUAUAAACAGUUGUCUAUUUUGCAAGAAGAAAUUGAUGAGCUUCAAAAUGAACUUGAAGAACUACGACGUAAAGAAGAUUUGACGGACAAUGAAAAAAAUAUUUUAGAAAUGAAGAGUCAAGACGUAAUAAAAAAGACAGAAGAACUUGAUAUUUUGACUAAAAAAAUUCAAGAUAUCCUCGGUAUCCAAGAUCCUACUUCUAUUGAUGGUUAUGUCCAGGCACUGGGAUUAAUUACUCAAUCUGAUGAACCCAAAGCUGAAGAAGAAGAAAGAGAUAAAGUUAAUGCUUGGAAAAAUUGGGAAGCAACUUCUGAAGAUGAUUGUUUUGAUUUGCCGCAGGAAGAAUAUCCUGAAGAUCGAUUGCCUAGAGUAAUAGUUUGUGGGCAUACUGAAGAAAGAAUCCCCAGGAUUAUUGUUGCUGACAGUAAAAAAAAGUUAAAUACAGACGUUAAAUAUUUAGAAAACAUUGCCGAGAAAUUUUCAGACGCUUUGAAUGUCCAAGAAAAACUUGCUCGUGAAAAUGCUCAAUUAGAAGGCGGCAAGUACAAAUUAGAACAGGCCCUGCUAGAAAAAGACGACACAGUCGAAGAUCUGCAGCGCACAGUAUGCAAUCUCCAAGCAGAGAUGCGUAUGGUGAUAAAGAAGAAUACAGAAUUGAGUCAACAAGUUGCGACUUUGAAUGAACAGGUUAUUAAUUACAGUUGUCCUGGAUCCUUUCAAAACUCUCCAAGAUCCACUAAUUAUCGCACUAGUCCGCGUUACGAUAAUUCUAAUUAUUGUCCAAGCAGUCCGACUGAACGCUCACGAUUGGGUGGCGGUGGAUCAGGACAUGACAUCUGCAGCCAACUUGGAUGCUGUCGUCCAGUGGUACCUCCAGCUUCCAUGACUGAACUUAAAUUUAAUCGCGGAGUUUGUCCUGCUGAAAUAGGAAGUAAACUAUUCGAUCGCGAUACUAAUACCAAGCAACUGGAACAACAAAUAGGUGAAGUAGAACAAAAUGUUCAAACAAUGAGGAAAGAAUUAGCGAAUGUUACGCGCGAAACACUUCAAUUAGAGCAGCAGAGAAAAUUACUCAAGUGUACAGCACCCUGUGCUCCAUGUCCUUGUCCCAAUCAAAGUGAUCUUCGUGGCACGCCAUCAGAUCGUGGUGUUUUAAAUUUUAUGCCUCAAGAUUUGACAUUUGCUAAAAUGCAACAGUUUCCAACGACUGGUAUCCCAUCAUGUACUGGAGUUUGUACACAGGCUCCGAUGGGUGGUAGUAACUGUCCAUUGCAACAACUACGAGAUUUACGAGAACAGUAUGCGCGGCUGAAGGAAGACUACAAUAAUAAAUUACGUGAAGUCUCGUAUUUGAGAAGCGACGCUGAAAAAAUGAAGCAGGAGACACGUGAUGCUAAAGAUGAAAAAGAAAAAAUAGAGAAUCAGUUGAUAGAUUUGCAGGAGCGAUUAAAGUGUUUUGAAUCUGACAGGAAUAGAUUCGCUGGAAGUAAAGAACAGGUGAUAGAACAAGAACAGACGUUGAUUGUUGCUAGGCAGCGAUACAGGGAAGCGCAAGAUGAGCUGGAGGAAUUGAGAUCUUUGAUUCAAGACCAAGCUAAUCAGUUGGAAGACUACAGGAAUAAAUAUUUGCAUGCUCAGGAACAGGUUGAAGAUCAGAGAAGACAACUGGAGUUGAUGGAGAUGGACAACGCUCGUAUGAAUGAAAAUGUGACUCUUGAAAUUGGACGAGUAAAGAAUCAGUUCCAAGAAAAAUUGUUAGAAUUAGCACCGCUUCCUGAUAUACUUAAGCAAACACAGUUAAAACUUCAAGAAUGUCAGCAAAUGCGUUUGCUUGCUGAAAGAAAUUGCGAAGAACUAUCACGUGAACUGAUGAAUUGUAAAGACAAAAUAGGAGCGAUGACAAGUCAGUCAGAGAUGUUGAGAAGCGAAAAUGUCCUUCUUAAAGGGUCAGAUCAGCUAGAAGAUCUAGAGAAUAGAAACCGUGAGCUGAAGAAUGAAAACGAACGAUUAAAAAAUGCUUGUGCGAGAUCUGAAGAACGUGAGGGUGAGUACAAGCAGAGAAUCGAUGAAAAAAUGCACGAGAUAGCUCAGCUGUCAUCGAUGUUGGAACAAGUGAGAGAAGAUUCAGCCAGACAGGUAGCAAGAACAAAGGACAGAUGUGAUACUAUACGGCGGAAUAUGCAAGCACAGAUUGGUGACUUGGAAAAACAACUUGCCCAUUGCAGGGCAACUGCCAAAGCCGCUCAGAGGGACAGAGAUGAGAUAAGACAAAAGAUGCAGGGCCAGAUAAAUCACCUGAGUGAAGCUUUCGAACAAGCGCAGGGCCGCGUUCGAACUCUUCAAGGGCAAGUUAAUUAUUUAAAUACUUCUUACAGUAAUGUCUUCAAUGUCGGAACUCGCGCAGAAACUCCGAUCACUUCAAUGCCUCUAGAGACGAGCCAAAAUAUCUACGACAGCUGCAACUGUAAUUACUAA